AUGGCUAGCAGCAAGGCCAUGUUUAUGGAGGACGCCGACGAAGACGGUACCGUCAAGCCUCAUACCAAAAAGACUGCCAAGUCUGUUGCUGCUCCCUCCCGCGCUGGAAGCCCUGUGAAGCAAGAGCCGAACACUGGUCGGAAGAAGUCAUCGUCCCAGAGGACCCACGCGACAGCGACAACAUCACCACAUGACUCUGAUGCGACGGAGCAUGCCUCGUCAUCCAGUCGUCACAAGAACCGGGAGAGAAGGUCGAGCCGCAAAGGCAAAGAGGUGCCCGAACGACCGCGCAUAACCACUGCGCAAACAACACCGUCAAUGCGCAACCAUUAUGCAGAAGACUCUGCUCACUAUAGUGUGCCUCAUCGCGCAAUCGCAGUUUCCUCCGGGCGUCCCCGGGCCAAUUCUCGCCCUCAAAGCUACAUGGCACCGCCGCUCUCGCAGUCGGCCUUUUUCCAAGCGAGUCCAUUGUCGUAUGGUCCUCCUCCCCAAUGGGGAGGGCCGCCACCACUAGGCUCUUCACCACUUGGCACAUCGCCCAUGGCCUAUCCUGUGGACUACUUUACUGGAAGAGCCGACUAUGAUACUGGUGGUGCCGACCGUUUAGCCUCGAGGUUCGAAGCGCGGCCGCGGUCCUCGAUGGGCAACUAUGGAUCGUCAUAUGAGGACCGAUAUACCGAUUUCGACGCACCAUCGCCCCAUUCUAGGCCAAGCACAGUUAUCAGGAAGCCAUCAUUGUCCAAAAGGACGACUAAGAAUAAUGAGGAUCGAAGGCAAAUGCCUCCACCCCCGCGCCCUUCCACGGUCGGCCCUCGUCAACACUUCAGACCGCCGCCGCCGCCGCCAUCACAAAGAAAGUCGGUCGGGUUCGAUGAUGUAUCAUCAGACGGCGAGUCUGAUCUCUUUCGUGACGCGCCACAUGGCGUGGCAAUCGACUUUAUGAAAGCUUUCCCUAUCAGGAAUAGGCGCCAAAGCACCACCCGGCGCCAAAGCCUUGGUGGAGAGUACCCCGGGGAAGGAUAUGCAAUUGAACCCGCUGGGCCCAAGACUCGGCGGCCAAACCGUCGCUCCGUGUCUUAUAGCGUCGAAGACAAGAUGAAUGACGCAAACAGAUAUCAAAAUGCUGUCGCGAGUGCUAUUCCUGCACCUCUGACUCCAGACAAUCUCCGCCGAGUCAAGAACAGCACUAGCAGUCGUUCUACCCGCAGCAGUGGUAGUCGUGAUGAGAGCAGCUUCCGGCAGUCCGAGACAACCAAGACAACGAGGUCUGGCAGCAAUGAUGACGAUAUGACUAUCAAAGUCCCCAGUGGUACCGUAGUUGAAUAUGGCGGCGCCAAGAUCAACUGUGUGAAAGGGGGCGAAAUGACCUUUGGGCGAGGCGGUGGCGGUAGCGAUCGUGGUACCAUUUAUGGCGACGAGCUCAGAAGCCAUGCUCACAGGACGGAGAGAUCUGGCACACGACCGCGGGCAAGCUCUCAAUCCGCACAUGCGCGUCGCCCUCGCGCAAUUAUGUCGCCCAAUCCUCACGAUCAUGCAGCGGACUAUCCUGAUAACGCGACGUAUUUUGGUAUCCCACAAUAUGCUACCUAUCACGGAUACCCCUACGAUGACGAUGAAUACGACCACGUAUACGACACAUAG